CGGGGCGGCCCCGCGUGCCCGGAUGUAGGCACCGCGGACACAGCGCGCAGACAUGGCCGGCCAGGUUAUCAAGUGCAAGGCUGCAGUUGCUUGGGAGGCUGGAAAGCCUCUCUCUAUAGAGGAGGUAGAGGUGGCUCCCCCAAAGGCUCACGAAGUUCGAAUUAAGAUCAUUGCUACUGCCCUUUGCCACACUGAUGCCUACACCCUGAGUGGGGCAGAUCCGGAGGGGAGUUUCCCAGUGAUCUUGGGACAUGAAGGUGCUGGCGUUGUGGAAAGUGUUGGUGAAGGAGUGACGAAGCUGAAGGCAGGAGAUACUGUCAUCCCACUUUACAUUCCACAGUGUGGAGAAUGCAAAUUUUGUCUAAAUCCUAAAACAAAUCUUUGCCAGAAAAUAAGAGUCACUCAGGGGAAAGGAUUGAUGCCAGAUGGGACUAGCAGAUUUACUUGCAAAGGAAAGACCAUUUUACACUACAUGGGAACCAGCACAUUUUCUGAGUACACGGUUGUGGCUGAUAUCUCUGUUGCUAAAAUUGAUCCUCUGGCACCUUUGGACAAAGUCUGUCUCCUGGGCUGUGGCAUCUCAACUGGUUAUGGCGCAGCUGUGAACACGGCCAAGGUGGAGCCUGGCUCCACAUGUGCCGUCUUUGGACUGGGAGGAGUUGGACUGGCAGUUAUCAUGGGCUGUAAGGUGGCUGGUGCAUCCCGGAUCAUCGGCGUGGACAUCAAUAAAGAUAAAUUUGCGAGGGCCAAGGAUUUUGGAGCCUCUGAAUGUAUUAACCCCCAGGAGUUCAGCAAGCCCAUCCAGGAAGUGCUUGUGGAGUUGACCGGUGGGGGAGUGGACUAUUCCUUUGAGUGCAUUGGUAAUGUGAAGGUCAUGAGAGCAGCGCUCGAGGCCUGCCACAAGGGCUGGGGUGUCAGCGUGGUGGUAGGAGUUGCUGGUUCUGGUGAAGAAAUUGCCACUCGUCCGUUCCAGCUGGUUACAGGCCGCACGUGGAAAGGCACUGCCUUUGGAGGAUGGAAAAGUGUAGAAAGUGUCCCAAAGUUGGUGUCAGAAUAUAUGUCCAAAAAGAUAAAAGUUGAUGAAUUUGUGACUCACAGUCUGUCUUUUGACCAAAUUAACAAAGCCUUUGACCUGCUGCAUGCAGGAAAGAGCAUUCGAACUGUUCUGAAGUUUUAGUCAAGAAAGAGAUCCUCCUUCCCGUGCCUUAGUGGUCUGAUGGGAGAGGCCAGCAGUCUUGGUCUCCGGAGCCCUCAAUAACCCACUCUUGGGAAUAAUGUCUGUAAAUUCACACAUCUCUAAUCAAGGACAAGACUAAUUCAGUCAUAAAUCUGUUUUCAAUACUCUACAUUAAUAUUUUGCUAGCUAAGGAAUAUUCUAACACAAUAAAGUCCUUUCUGCUUA